ACACUACGGGCGCUGAGCCGGCAUCAGAUCUUUCAUUCCAGAUCUGAUUGCUUGGCGACGCUGAGAUGUACCGUAUGAACUCGAUCAAGAUAAUGCUUGCGUGAGGAAUGUGCUGCCGCUGUCCCCUCCUUCUUUUCUCCUCUGUCUCACGAUCCGUGGCUGACCUAGGACUUUCUGACAUUUAGCUAUGGGAUCUUCCAUCCUCUUUACGUACCCUCAAAUCGCCACUAUUGCCGGUGUUCAGGGGCUUGUUGUCUACGCACUCUCGGCGUCGUUGCCACUACUCGUCUUUGCAUGGCUUGGGCCGAUCAUCAGAGAGCAGUGCCCUGAGGGUUUCGUGCUCACGGAAUGGACCAUCCAGCGAUAUGGACUUGUCACUGGCUUGUAUCUGAGUCUCUGCACACUGCUCACAUUGUUCCUCUACAUGGUCGCCGAGCUCUCCGCUCUUCAGCAAGUUAUCAACGCUCUGACUGGCCUGAAUGGCCUACCCGUCGUCAUCGUCGAAUGCUUCGUCACGACCGUCUACACAUCUCUUGCCGGCUUCAAAGUUUCUUUCAUCACCGACAACAUCCAAGCAGCAAUGGUGCUCGGCCUGCUCAUCAUCUCCGUCGCUGCCGUCGGCUCCAAAACCACCAUCGACCGGUCACUAAUCCCGGAAUCUGGCCUCCUAAACUCCUCCCUCCUCGGCUGGCAACUCAUCUACAUCCUCCCCGUCGCCAUCCUCACAAACAACUUCUUCCUCUCCGGCUUCUGGCUGCGCACCUUCGCAUCGCGCUCCAACCGCGACCUCUACAUCGGCGUCUCCCUCGCAACCGGCACCAUCGCCGUAAUCUUUACCUUCGUCGGCGCCACCGGCCUCCUCGCCGCCUGGUCCGGCGUCUGGCCCGGCGCCGACCCCACCACCGACGGCUCCCUCUCCUUCUUCCUCCUCCUCGCCCAACUCCCCACCUGGCUCGUCGGCAUCAUCCUCGUCCUCACCGUCGCCCUCAGCACCUCCGCCUUCGACUCCCUCCAAUCCGCAAUCGUCUCCUCCGCCUCAAACGACCUCUUCCGCAACCGCCUCAACCUCUGGCUCAUCCGCGCCUCCGUCGUCGCCCUCAUCUUCCCCGUCGUCAUCGUCGCCCUCAAAUCCCCAAACAUCCUCACCAUCUACCUCAUCUCCGACCUCCUCUCCGCCGCCGUCAUCCCCGUCCUCGUCAUCGGCCUCUGGCCCAAAGCCCACGCCUGGCGCGGCUGCGACGUCGUCGUCGGCGGCCUCGGCGGCAUCUUCUCCGUCUUCCUCUUCGGCCUCGUCUUCUACCAAGGCGACGCCCGCGCCGCGGGCAAUCUCAUCUUGCUCAAGAACGGCCUGUAUGCGGAUGACUGGAGCGCGUUUGGCGCGUUUGUGGCUGCGCCUGUAGGGGGCUUGUUGUGGGGUGCUGCGUCGUUUGGCGUGCGUGUUGCGGUGCUGUGGGUGUUGGCUAGGGUGCGUGGCACGCCGUUUACGGCGCUGGAUAGGCCUGUGCGCGGGGAUGAAGGGAUGGUGGUGGAGGACGAGGGUAGGUUUAGUGGGGAGCAGAGUGUCGAGAGGAGGGAUGUGAAGAAUGGGCAGUUUUUCUGAUGCUGAAGGGGGGGUCUGGUUGGCUAGGCGAAGGUGAAAGGAGAGGGACGUAUGAGAUAGGGGGAUGUAUGGGACUAGCGAUUAUUGUGUAAAAAGUUAAAGGCGGUCAAAUCAUAUCGCGAGCAGCGCAACCCGUCAUAUUAGACCAAAUAUCACCAGCAGCAGAAACACAUGAAACAUACAAGUCUAGGAUCUAUGUUCUGUACUGUUUAACCCAUAAUAUAUAUA